GGGACGUCGACGCUGUGUGUGUCCUCGGUGAGAGAGCUGCCGUCUCAGCUUCAGGAUCUCUACCAGCAGGGCUUCGUUCUGAGCGCUGUGCAUCCGUUCGUUCACCCGUGUGGACCCGAGCCCGCCAGCAUCCAGCGCCAGCUCUACCGGGCCGUGCUCAUCAGAGUCUCCGACAGCUGGGAGAAGAAUCCUGCAGACUUUGAGCCUUACCAUCUUAAACUGGAGGAAUGCAUGUCUGCGGACCAGAUUCCCACUACGGAGCACAUCCAAGGAUACGUGAAGAAACAGAUCCAGGACGCUGCGGAUCAGGGCAUCAUGUUCGCGGGCUUCAUCCAGGAGCCGGCGGGUCUUCGCCCACAUGUGUCCCGACACGGAGAACCAGAGGAACCCUCUCUCUCCCUGCACUCAAGCCCCAGCUCGCUGCACGGAUCCGGGCUCACGCCGAGCCCCAGUCCCCUGGAGGAGCCCGAGCCCGAAGACCAGAACCAAGGAGAAAACGAGGGAGGAGAGCCUUCAGAAGGAGGAGGAGAAGAUGAUCUCUCUGUUGAGACGUCAGCCGUGUUGAAAUCAGGACCUGGUGAAACACAGCAACACAACAACAACGACACGGCCAAAGUCAAAGACACAACCGAGAGAGCCAGCCGGGUCACGCUGAGUAAGAGCGGUGCAGAGCUGUUCGGGUUGUUUAACUACCCGGGCCGCCGUGAGGGUCAGUUUAAGUACUACACGGUUAAAGUGCCUCUACGAGUGCAACCGCAGGGCGAGGGCAUCUGCACGCUGGAGGCGAACUGGCUCGAUCACAUGACCCAACACUUCAACAACGGAGCUUCACUAGUGGACGGAUACUUUCAGCUGGCCAGAGACAACGAUCUGCUCAUCAGGACAGUGGAGAGUGUGUUUGUGUUCCAGGAGAGCGAGGAGAGCGACUCUGCGUACGACGCUAUAGUGGUGGAGCAGUGGACCGUCUUACAUGGUUUACAGGUGAAGACAGACUAUAUUCCCUUGCUGCAAUCACUGGCUUCAUUUGGAUGGAGACUCACUUGUGUGCUGCCUACACCCAUCAUCAAGACUAACAGUGAUGGAAGUCUGGCCACCAAACAGAUCGUUUUCCUCCAGAGGCCGAUGUUGCCUCGCAAGAAGAAAGAAUCCAAGAAAGUCAUCUUUAAAGCACGGAACAAGUCCAACAAGAACUCCGUCAAAGACGCACCAAAGAACAAGAAGAAGAAAGAGACGAGUGAUCAAAAGAGCAGCGACGGAGCCGAGAAGAGCGCAGAAGACACGAAUACAAGCGUGAACGAGCGACGGGGGGAAAACAUGAGUGAUGAGGCUGAAGUGCAGAGAGAACAGAGAGAGGAAGGAGAUGAGACAGAGGCGACAGGAAGUGAUGUCACAGCUGGCAGGGAGAAACAGGAAGCAGGAAGCAGCGAAAGAGAUGGAAACGCUGAGGAGAAGGUAAACGAGAGUAGUGUGAAAACUGAAGCUGAAAUGGGGUCGUAUAAAGACACGGGACGACAGGAAGAGGAAGUGGACAAACAGGAAGACGGCUCAGCCAAUCAGGAUUGAGGAUGCGCUCAACCCACCUGGCCAAUGGAAGUGGGCCUUUAUGAAUGUUAAAAUGCUAUAUACCUUGCAAAAAAAAAAAAAAAAAAACUCAAUAUUUUGUCUUGUCCAGUAUCUAAACAUCCCUAAAACAAGAUAAAUUCACAAGGCAUUAUAACGUUGUUGCCUUCAAAUUUUUAAGUACAAUCAACUUGGAUGUUUAAGUCAUUUCA